AUGGGUGUUUUCAAUGAACAAUUUGACAUUUUAUUACAAGAUAGUGUUUUUACUAAUACUCUCAAUUUAGUCAUAAGAUCAUCAAUUGAUGAUCCAAUACUUGAUCGAUUAUGUACUGAUGUAUUACCAAGAAUUCGUUAUAAUGUAAAACAUCUUAUUCUUGAACCUAUACCUGUGGAACGUAUUCUUCUUGCUGGCAAUUAUCCAAAUUUAACUUCACUUACAUUGUUUAAUUUUCGACAUGACAUCAUUUCAUCUUAUUUUAUAGAAGAAUCAAUCUUUCAACAUAUACUCAAACAUAAAAUAACAGAACUUAUUCUUGAUAAUAAAAAUAUUGAAAUAUCAUGGGAAGAUUAUAGUACAUUUGAUGAUCUACCUAAUUUAAAAUGUUUCUCAUUAAUAUGUUAUCGUAGCACAAAUACAUAUGAUACUCAAGUGAUACCUUUACUUCGUCGUAUGUCAUAUUUGGAAAAAUUAACAUUGUAUAUACGUCCCGAUUAUCGAACUACAUUCAUUGAUGGUACUUAUCUUCAUAAGGAAAUUCUUAAUUAUAUGCAACGACUACAUGCAUUCGUGUUUUUUAUAAGUACAGAAAUUGAAAUCAAUGAUACAGUUUAUCAUAUAUCUGAAAAUGAUAUUCAAACGAACUUUUAUAGAUAUAGAUUAUUAUCAAAUGUCGAUUUUCAUAGUUAUAAAGCUGAAGUAAUUCCAUGUUAUUCACUUAUUGAAUAUCCUCAUCUUACUUCACUUGAAAUGAUAUCUGUCGAUGAUUAUUAA